AUGUCUUCCACUAACAUCAAGGUCGUUUGUCGAUUUCGACCUCCAAACGCCAUCGAGAACAGAGAAGGCUCAGAGAUCGUUGUGGCAUUCGAUGACAACCUCCAGUCGGUGCAAUUGCGUUCUGCCCAAGUUAGCUCAGGGCCGGAGAAAGAUGGAUUCACUUUUGAUCGGGUGUUUCCCAUGGGCACCAAGCAGCAAGAGGUUUUCGAUUAUGGUGUAAAGGAUAUCGUAAAGGAUGUCUUGGACGGUUACAACGGAACGGUCUUCGCAUAUGGUCAGACUGGAAGUGGAAAGACAUUUACCAUGAUGGGUGCCGACAUUGAUUCCGUGGAGCUGAAGGGUAUCAUCCCACGUAUCACCGAACAGAUCUUCCAGUCCAUCGUCGAGUCAGACGCGCAUUUGGAGUACUUUGUGAAGGUGUCUUACAUGGAGAUCUAUCUGGAACGCAUCAGAGAUCUUCUGCAACCUCAGAACGACAACCUACAAGUGCAUGAGGAAAAGUCGAAGGGUGUCUACGUAAAGAACCUUUCUGAUUACUAUGUCAGCAGUGCACGCGAGGUUUACGAGAUUAUGCGACAAGGAGGAGCAGCCCGAGUGGUCACGUCCACCAACAUGAACGCGGAAAGUUCACGAUCACAUUCUAUUUUUCUUAUCACGAUCAGCCAGCGGAAUACGGAAACUGGUGCUCAGAAAACAGGUAAUCUGUAUCUUGUCGAUCUGGCAGGUUCGGAGAAAGUGGGGAAGACGGGCGCUUCCGGUCAGACACUCGAAGAAGCAAAGAAGAUCAACAAGUCGUUGUCUGCUCUGGGUAUGGUAAUCAACGCACUUACCGACUCGAAGGCAAAGCACAUUCCAUACCGUGAUUCUAAACUCACUCGUAUCUUGCAAGAGUCCCUCGGUGGUAACUCACGCACGACCCUCAUCAUCAAUUGUUCUCCGGCUUCAUACAAUGAGUCUGAAACACUCUCCACUCUUCGUUUCGGCAUUCGGGCUAAGUCUAUCAAGAACACUGCCCGUGUCAAUGCCGAACUCUCACCUACUGAGCUCAAGAAUCUUCUCCAGAAGGCUCAAGUCGCAAACGCGUCGUACCAGAAGACCAUUGCUACCCUACAGGAAGAAAUUGCGAUUUGGCGUUCCGGAGGUCGUGUCGAUCCCGCAGACUAUGCCGCGGCGGGCGGUGAUAAGGCUGCUGCUCCGCCUUCUAAGAAGCCGCCCCCAUCGCCAACGCCGUCGGCAUCGACAACCCCUGCGCGCAGUAUGACGCCAGUGAACCCUGCAAUCGAGGGCCUUAAGGAGCUAGAUAGCAGACCUCAGACUCCAACUGUGAUUGGCCUGGAUAAGGAUGAGCGGGAGGAGUUCUUGAAGAGAGAGAACGAAUUGAGUGAUCAACUGGCGGAGAGGGAGAGCGCCCUCCGAGCUGCGGAGAAGUUGGUGAGCGAGUUGAAGGAGGAGUUGGCGUUCUUGAAGGAGCAGGAUGCGUCGUCAUCCAAGGAGAACAAGGCGAUGUCCGCCCAACUCAAUGAACUCCGUCUUCAAGUGGAGAGGCUGGACUAUGACAACAAGGAGGGUGUCAUUACCAUCGACAUUCUCAAGGAGCAGAACCUCGACGCGAAGAGCGAAUUGGAGGAGCUCAAGAAGAUCAUCGCUGAGCUCAAAACGUCCCAAAAGGAUGUAUCUUUGGAGGACAAGGAGAAGCGCAAGCAAGAGAAGAUGGCGAUCAUGAUGGCUCAGUUUGAUUCUCAAGGGACCUUCUCCGAGAAGGAUGAGCAGCUCCGUCAAAUUCUGACCAAGCUCGAUUCUAUAGACUCUGCGGCUGGUGUGUCAACACUCACGGUCGAGGACCUCACACACUUGCGCCGACAACUCUCGGAGGGUCAAGCGCUGAUCCGUGACACCCUCGAUCGCCUUGGACAGAAGCAAGACGAGAACGACAUGAUCGCGAGAAGGAAGGAAGACCUCGAAGCGCGGCUGGCCGCUCUUGAGGCGGAGUAUGAGGAGCUUCUCGAGAAGACCAUCCAUGAUGAAGAGACGAGCAACGUCGACGUGGCCGAGUCCAUGGUUGAGCUCAAGGCCAAACUUGAAGCUCAGUACACCGCCAAGCGCGAAGCUCACAUCAGCGAAGUUGCCGACCUCAAGCAGCAGCUCGAGCUGAAAAACAACGAGCUUCGCAGUUUGAACGCUUCGAUCGACAGCCUCAAGGGUGUCAACGAGGAGCUUAAGCGCGCUUUCGCUGUCACAUCGGCCGGCAUCGAAGGAGGUAAGAACCUGGCGGAGAGCGCUCAAGAUCUUGAGCGCACGCGCAAGGCCAUCAACGUUCAGCUCGCUGAGUUUGAUGGCGUUAAGAAGUCCCUCAUGCGGGAUCUCCAGAACCGUUGCGAGAAGGUCGUAGAGCUUGAGAUCCAGCUGGAUGAAAUCAAGGAGCAAUACAACAACGUUAUUCGCAAUAGCAAUUCGAAGGCGCAGCAGAAGAAGAUGGCUUUCCUGGAGCGCAAUCUCGAGCAAUUGACAUUGGUCCAGAAACAGCUUGUGGACCAGAACUCCGCGCUGAAGAAAGAAGCCGGUAUUGCCGAGCGGAAGCUCCUGGCCCGGAAUGAGCGGAUACAGAACUUGGAAGCUCUGCUUCAGGAUGCGGACCGUCGACUGGCCGUCCAGAACCAGAAGUUCGAGGCCCAGUUACAGGCCGUCAAAGACCGAUUGGACCAAGCACGAGCUCAAAAGGCUGCGGCUGCAUCGUCUUUGAGCUUCGGACGGAUCGCGAAGCCUCUGCGGGGUGGAGGGGGUGCUGCGUCGAGCGGUGGCCCGGUGCCCAUCACUGGCGGGGGCGGUUCAUCUGCCAACCCUCUUGCGAGGCUGCAAGGCGAAGAGUCAAGCGCAGGCAAACGGGCGUCUUGGUUCUUCAACUCGUCGCGGUGAAUGCUGUCGCACGUCUGUUUGUUUCUUCCGUCGCCAUUGCUUUCUGUCUGUGCCGCCAUUCCAAGAAUACCAAUACCCGCCGUCGGUUGUACACUGCUACAUUACAUUCCCCGCCCGUGAUAUAUCUGAGACAUUUGAUUC